AUGAGGUUCGGUGAACACCUUGGUUCGUCGAUGAUCAAGGAGUACUACUGGUACUACAUCGCCUACGAAGACCUCAAGAAAGCCUUGAAGACGGGAUACGUGACCGAGCCGACCCCCGAAAACUCGAAACCCGAUCGCAAGCCAUGGACGGAGGAUAACGAGAAAGACUUCGUCUCCUUGCUGGAGAGCGAGCUCGACAAGGUCUUCAACUUCCAGAAGAUCAAGAGCGAGGAAAUCGUCCGCCGCAUCCAGGUCAGCGAGGCGGAGGUCUACAGUGUCAUCUCGCGUCUCGAGAGCUCGACCGAUUCGCGUCGUCAAAGUGUCCGUCCCGGCGCUGCUGCUCCGCCGUCCGAUGAGGAUUUCCUGACGCUCGAGCAAGUGUUGAGUGACAUCAUCGCCGACGUGCACGACCUGGCCAAAUUCACCCAACUGAACUACACCGGUUUUCAGAAAAUCAUCAAGAAACACGAUAAAGAAACGAGGUGGUAUCUCAAACCGGUCUUCGCCGCCCGACUCAACGCCAAACCAUUUUUCAAAGACAAUUACGACGCUUUUGUCGUGAAGCUAUCUAAGCUGUAUGAUCUCGUCCGUACGAAAGGAAACCCGGUCAAGGGAGAUUCGUCGGCCGGAGGCACUCAACAGAACUUUGUCCGUCAAACCACGAAAUACUGGGUUCACCCCGACAACAUCACGGAGCUCAAACUUAUUAUUUUGAAGCACCUCCCCGUCCUUGUCUUCAACCCGCAAAAGGACUUCGAGGAAAAAGACACCGCCAUUUCGUCCAUCUACUACGACAACCCUGAGACAUGGGAACUAUACCAAGGUCGCUUAAAGAAGACCGAAGGUGCGGAGGCAAUCCGACUGCGAUGGUAUGGUGGCAUGGAAAGCGAUCAGAUCUUCGUCGAGCGAAAAACCCAUCGUGAGGACUGGACUGGAGAGAAGUCGGUGAAAGCCCGAUUCUCUCUCAAGGAGAAAAACGUCAACGCAUUCCUUUCUGGUCGCAUGACGGUAGAGAGUAUCUUCGACAAAAUGCGAAGGGAAGGAAAAAAGAGCGAGGACGAGAUCAACGACUUGGAGCAACUGGCGCGCGAAAUCCAAUAUCGUGUCAUUACCCGCAGAUUGAUGCCCGUCACGAGAACCUUCUAUCAUCGAACUGCCUUCCAGCUUCCUGGCGACGCGAGAGUCCGUAUCUCUCUUGACACGGAGCUGACCAUGGUCCGAGAGGACAAUCUUGACGGUCGACGAAGGGCCGGAGACAAUUGGCGCCGAAUGGAUAUCGGCGUCGAUUUCCCUUUCUCCCAACUUCCCGCUGAGGAUGUUGAACGGUUCCCCUACGCCGUUCUCGAGGUCAAGCUCCAGACGCAAGCCGGCCAGGAACCGCCGAAAUGGAUCAGGGAGUUGACGGCCAGUCAUCUCGUGGAGGCGGUCCCCAAGUACAGCAAAUUCAUUCACGGAACGGCGACGUUGUUCCCCCAACGUAUCCACCUUCUUCCUUUCUGGAUGCCGCAGAUGGAUGUCGACAUCCGCAAGCCGGCGACACGCCAAUUCGGUAUCACACGGCCCCUUCAAAGCACAUCUAUAUCUGCCAAUGAGACGCAGGAAGACGACGACUCGGAUGACGAAGAGGACCAGGAAGGCAAUACCAGAGUGGACCGCCGUCGAAUGGCGUCAGCUGGGGAUGGAAAUGGUCUAUUCGACGACGCUGAUGGAAAUGCUCUGGACAUCGAGGAACGCAUUGCCGCCCAGCCGCUGCCCGGGGACGAGGAUUACCCGCUGUACGACUCUGACGAGGAAUCGGUCGACUCUGACGAACUUGAGGAGGCCCGGCGAGUCGGAGGAGCCUACUACUACCAGCAAUUGAUGAAAUACUACACCCACCGAACUGGAAAAGCAUUGUUGCACGGAUGCAAGGCACUUAUCCCACGUCCUAGACCGACAAGCCUGCCCGCUCCCGAGCAAAAUGGCAUCAGUGUUAUCGGGAACCAGCGAACUCACCAACGAUUUGCGGCACCCAAGGGCAAGCGGAUCCACGUUCCUGUUCGCGUGGAGCCGAAGGUGUACUUCGCGGCCGAACGAACCUUCUUGUCAUGGCUGGAAUUCUCGAUCCUGCUGGCUACGAUAGCAGCUACCUUGCUCAACUUUGGAAACGAUUAUAUCACAUUUGCCUCGUCAUGGGCAUUCACUAUCCUGGCUGCCUUGGCUCUGGUAUACAGUCUCAUGUUAUACAUCUGGCGCGUGGACAAGAUCCGCAAACGACGAGACGUCAAGCGCGUUUACUACGAGAAAUGGGGCCCUACCAUCGUUAGCGUUGGUCUUGUUGCCGUGAUCAUGGUCAACUUUGGACUGCGGAUGCGACAAGUAGGGUUCACCUCUAAGGUCGUUGACAUUCAGAUGGGCCGAGUAUUGGACGACAGACAACUUCAUGCGGACGAGCUAUGA